GCAACUAUGACGGAUAGCAGAUGGCAGCGAAGGACUAUCAAGUCUUUGAGUAUCAUGAGGUCCCCUCAUGAUCCCUACUUCUGGCCAGAGGAGCAAGUGCUCAUCGACCGCGGAGACAUCAUUAACAGAAAGGAUGCCUGGGAAAUGCAGGAGUUCUUCACUCGAAUGUAUGUCAAGCAGCUGCUCCAACACUGGGCGUUUCAGCUGCUGCUGGCCACGCUGCUGGUGGUCAACGCCAUCACCAUCGCGCUCCGCACCAACUACGUCCUUGGCCAGAGACACUAUGAGUUGUUCUCUACCAUAGAUGACAUUGUGCUGACCAUCCUUAUCUGUGAGGUUCUCCUUGGCUGGUUAAAUGGCUUCUGGAUUUUCUGGAAGGACGGCUGGAACAUCCUCAACUUCCUUAUCAUCUUUAUCUUGCUCCUGGGGUUCUUCAUUAGUGAACUCAAUGUCAUCUCUAUCACCUACACCCUCAGGGUCCUUCGUCUCGUGCAUGUGUGCAUGGCUGUGGAGCCCCUGGCCCGGAUCAUUCGUGUCAUCCUGCAGUCGGUGCCUGACAUGGCCAAUAUCUUGGCCCUCAUCCUCUUCUUCAUGCUGGUGUUCUCCGUGUUUGGGGUCACUCUCUUUGGUGCAUUCGUGCCCAUGCAUUUCCAGAACAUGCAGGUGGCCCUGUACACCCUCUUCAUCUGCAUCACCCAAGAUGGCUGGGUGGAUAUCUACAGUGACUUUCAGGCGAAGACCAGGGACUACGCAAUGGAGGUUGCGGGUGCCUUCUACUUUAUCACCUUCAUCACUAUUGGUGCCCUUAUUGGCAUCAACCUGUUGGUCGUCGUGGUGACCACCAACCUGGAGCUAAUGAUGAAGGCAGGAGAGCAGGGACAACGGGAUAGAAUAAUAAACUUCAGUGAGAGAGAAGAUGUGGAGGAGUAUGCGAAUAAAGACCUGCCGCUGGUGCACUGCGAGGUGGCCCGUUUGGAGAUGUCUGGCCUUCCCCAAGAGCCGCUUGUGGGGGGCCCCCUGUCCAACCUCUCGGAAAGCGCUUGCGACAACUUUUGUUUGGUGCUCGAGGCAAUACAGGAGAACUUGAUGCAGUACAAAGAGAUCCGAGAUGAGCUCAACACGAUAGUGGAGGAAGUGCGCUCCAUCCGCUUCAACCAGGAGCAGGAGGAGGAGCUAUUGCACAGACACUCGUCAAAGACCCAGUCGAUGGAGAGCAGGUCCUCCAUGGACCUCCGUGAGAUGACUAGCCAGCAAGACUUGAUCACUGCGCUCGUCCACAGGGAAAAGGUUCAGGAAUCUACCACAAAUUUAAUGAAAAAGAAGAGGAGCAGCCGCUGAGAGGGCAGGAGGGGAGCCAAGGGGCCUGUGCACACACGCCCAGCUGCUGCAUCUUCCUGCAUCCCAAGCAUGACUUGGCUAAGCCUGGCCUGAGCCCAUCCUCUCCCUUACACCUGGGGUGAUGCCUGGAGCUAUGGAGGUGGUGGCCUCUCUAGGGCCUGUGCCUGUGAGCUCCAGGUCCAGAGGAGCCAGGAUGGAGAAGGACGCUGGAUGAGAGUGGGAGCCCUACAGCAAGAAGGUGCUGGCCACGGCAGCCAGGAUUUGGCCUAAGUAGGGGCAUCCCUGGCCCCCUGCUCUAGGCCAGAACUAGAUGGGGCCUCCAUGGGUCCAAGAACUAAGAGGAGAAAGCUGAGGCCAGUAAGGCCAGGCA